AUGUCUGAGCAUAUACCACGUCAUCUGACUCUCAAACACCCUUUGUCGACGUUGAGCGUUAUCUUCGGCAUUUGGAAGGCUGUCCUGUUACUCCUGGCCUUGGCAAGCCCUGGCCCAGGAUAUGAUACUUCUACGACACUAUUGGAUUGGCCAGAACGUUACACCCUCCUUUCCAAGCUUGUUCGCUGGGAUUCGAUCUACUUCACGCAAAUUGCCCAGCAUGGUCAUCUGUUUGAGCAGGAAUGGGCCUGGGGAACCGGCAUAACAUCCGUGCUAGCCUGGGGUUCAAGAUUGUUGUUUGCAACAUCCUCGCCUUCGACAUGGCAAAUCACUGUCUCGGGGCUGCUUCUGUCGCAUCUCACCAGUUGGAUGUCGAUGAUGCUAGUAUGGCUCAUCUCGGCUCACCUGGCUGUUGGGACUUCUGAUGCCAAGGCUCAGGUUGCGUUCGUGGCGGCACUGCUGUACAUUGUCUCACCCGCAGGUAUCUUUCUUUCCGCGCCUUACUCAGAAAGUCUGUUCGCUGCCUUGAAUUUGCUGGGCUUCCAUCUCUUCCUGCUCGGACGAAAUGGCCACGCUCGAGGUGCCACAGCCCGCGCUGCCCUUAUGACCGUUUGUGGCGGCCUCGCUUCGGGCCUCGCGACGGCUGUCCGAAGCAACGGCAUCCUAAGUGGCAUGCUUUAUGGGUGGGACGCCUCUCUGUCAUUGCUGGCGUUACUUGACCAAGGCCUGCGUACACAGCAGGUCACAAGGCUUCUCUCACUCAUCGUGGGUGGCUGUGCAGUCGGAGCUGGGAUGAUGUUACCGCAGUAUCAAGGUUAUGUUGAAUACUGCACGGGACAUAUGGAGAGCGAGCUGAGGCCAUGGUGCAAGAACACCAUACCUUCAAUCUUUACGUUUGUGCAGUCGCAUUAUUGGAACGUGGGUGCCUUUCGAUACUGGACGCUAUCAAAUCUGCCACUCUUCCUGAUUGCCGCACCCACGCUCACUGUGCUGCUCUACUCAGCAUAUGGCUGUAUCCGGAUGAAAUUGACCCCACCAAAGCUCCAGGCCCAAGCACAACAUUCUGAUUCCGUCUACCUAGCUGUACCUCAGGUAGUACUGGCAGUGUUGGCAAUUACCAACUAUCAUGUGCAAAUCAUCACUCGCCUAUCCUCCGGCUACCCGUACUGGUACUUGUGGCUUGCUUUGACCAAUGUCUACGGGCUGUCUGAUGCGCGAUUUCUCAAGAUUGUGGUAAAAUGGAUGGUUCUUUAUGCGACUAUACAGGCUGGUUUGUACGCCUCCUUUCUACCUCCCGCAUAA